ACUUAGCCAUUGAAUGCCAGAGAGAGCGCCCCAGAGAAAUGUUCUUUCAAUUCGCCACCCUGCUAGCCAUACUGGCCUCCUCGUAUGGAGCUGUGAUACCCACGGGCUUGGAGCCACACUCGCCGCUGAGUGGCAGGAUCGUAGGCGGAACGAAGACCUCCAUUGCAGACCAUCCCUGGCAAGUGUCGCUGCAGCGUUCGGGCUCCCAUUACUGCGGCGGAUCUAUCCUCAGCAACACCAUCAUUGUGACCGCCGCCCACUGUCUGCUGUCUCCGGUCACGACCUCCAACCUCAAGGUGCGAGCCGGCACCAGCUACAAGAACCUGGGCGGGUCCCUCGUCCAGGUGGCCGCAUUCCGGGUGCACGAGGAAUACAGCGCCAGCUCGAAGAUGAACGACAUCGGAGUGAUUCGCCUAAGGACCAAGCUCACUCUGAGCUCCACCAUCAAGACAAUCGAACUGGCCACCUCCGCGCCUGUCCAUGGAGCAGCAGCGAGCAUUUCCGGCUGGGGAUCGACCUCGUUCUCGGGAUCCUCCUCUUCCCAGCUGCUGUACAUCGACACGCGCAUCGUUGGACGGUCCGAGUGCGGCAGCUCCACCUACGGCUAUGGGGGCCUCAUCCGGGAGACCAUGAUUUGUGCGGCGGCUGCCAACAAGGAUGCGUGCCAGGGUGACUCGGGCGGACCUCUGGUAUCCGGGGGCCAGCUCGUGGGCGUCGUCUCUUGGGGUCGCGAAUGCGCCCUCGCCAACUAUCCCGGAGUGUUUGCCGAUGUGGCAGCCCUCAGGGAAUGGCUGCUGGCAGCCCAAAAUACUGUGUAGUGCAAAAUAAUAUAAAAUCUCUUCUCAAAUGCAA